AUUAUAGCUGCUGCUUUUGUCUAUAUUAUCUUUUUUAUAUGAUUAUUACCAUAGAUAAGUCAUGCAAAAUGCAGUAGAGCCAAGAAAGGGGGGAAAUGUUGUUUCCAUGUUUCUAUUUAUAUUCACUUUAUGAGUAGUUUCUGUUUAUCUUUAGUAAGAUCGACAUACCCUACAGGUGGCGAUGGACCACGAUGGUCAGAGGAAAGCAUUCGGAGGAAUCAUGGAAGAGACACAAAAUCCUGUUAAAAGGCGGAGCCACAGUUGCCCCUACUGUACUUACACGACCGAUGUGUCCACAAAUUUACACAAGCACAUCACUACCCACACUGGGGAAAAAGCAUAUGCCUGCCCAUACUGUCCGUACCGGUCAAAUUCCAAGGAUCAUGUAAAGAGACAUACUUUAACCCACACUGGAGAGAAACCUUUUGCUUGUACAAAGUGCCAUUAUCGCUCCACCCAGAAAAGUCAUAUUAAAAGCCAUAUGUUUACUCAUCACUGAAGUGUAUCAGAUUUAUGGAGCAUUAUUUUUUAUGUAGUAAGGGCAGUUAAUUCUUACAUACCAUGUGUGAUACUGUGGUUAAAUGGUUAUUUUUUAUUGUCUCUUCUUUUGUUAUAAAACUUUGUACUGUUAUAUAUAUUUGUAUAUAAAUAUAUUUACCUUUCUAUGAGCUGUAUUUAUUAUCUAUACUGUGUUAGUUGUGUAUACUUUAGAUGUGAAACUUCAAUAUUAUAUUGUGUGUAGGAACUAAUGUCAUGGUGAAAGUUGGGAUACAAUUCCGGUAUGAUAUUUUCAAUUAAUUUUUUAUACAUAUGCCAUGAUUCUAAAAGGAUGAUAUAUAUACCUAUCUGAAUAAGAGAUACAAAAAGAGUUUCUUAGAUCAACAUUAUAAAUUAUCAGAAUGGUUCUGAUGAUUUUUUUCCUUGAUUAUCUUUUUUCAUAGGUUUUAUUGUUAUUGCUUGUAAGCAAGCAUGUUGUUGCAUUAUAAUGACUCAUAUCUGUAGAAAAGUAGAUUUAUAUGACAUUGAAAGCAUUGUGUGAAGAAUAUAGAUUCAAACUUUAGUCAGUAUACGCUACUAGGCCGAAUGCUGAAAAAAGAAAGCUGAGGUUCAAGAUUUUAUCUUAAAUUAAUACAUACCUACAUAAUGAUAUAAAGACAUGAGAUUGUUUUUAUUUAUUUUGGUAAAUUAAUUAUAUUUUAAUAUGAUUAUAUUUUAAUGCUUAGUCAGCAAGUAUUUAUUGCCAAUUAAUUUGAAUUUAUGUUUUUUAUUUUUUUUAAUGAGAAGGAAUAUCUACAUAGUGCUAGAGAUGUAUUUGACUGGUUUUGAUUAUAUCUUUGUCAGAAAUGAAUGUAUCUCUGACGUAGGUAUCAUUGAAACUAGUCAAAUACAACUCUUGUGCUGGGAAAAUAUUCAUUCCCAUUCAUACCUUUUCUACAUUUUACACAAUUAAUACAGUUCUUUCUCUUUUUCUUUCUUUCUUUGUUACAUGGAUGGCAACCCUAACAACAGAGCAAUACAGAAAAACUCCUCUGUUUACAUAGCAUGUUUUUGUUGUUGAUUACACAUAGGAAGUUUUGCAGUUUCAUUAGAAAAAUUUAAUAAAAGCCACUGGUAAGCCUGGUAGAAUGUGUACCACCAAAGCUCCUUCCCCCUGAGUUUCCAGUAAGUCAAGGUCAGCACAUAGUGAAAUGUGGUUUGUUAGUACCCUAGAUUUAUGCAGGUACUGUGAUCCCUUGGUAUUACAAGAGGUCAUCCAUGAUUAUCUGCAUUUUCAAAAGCAUUGAAAAUAUAGGCUGAAAAUUCAGAGGUUAACAACGCAUGUAUACAUGACUUAGUGAAAUUUGGCUGAAGGUUAUUAUAGAUUUAUGACAGUAGAUUUUUAUUGAUCGAACUUCUAUGUUAUAAGGGAUCAUCCAUGAUCAUCAGCAUUUUCAAAAGCAUUGAGAAUGUAGGCUGGGAAAUUAGAGGUUAACAACCCAUGUAUAUUAAGAUAUUUUAUCAAAAAUGAUCAGCUUCUUCCUUGAAGGAGGGUAGGGGUCUUCCAAAGAUACUAGAUUUUUGUAUAGUUUUGACUAUGUUGAUGAUUGUGGAUGAUCCCUAAAAAAGUAGCAAUAAAUUGGUUUGAACAAAAAGAAAAAGGAAACUUGCAUUGCAGAUUUAUCAUCAUUUGAUUUGAUUUGGCUGUUGGGAAAAUAUCAGAUAAAUACUGUCCACUGGAGUGAAUUUUGUACUAGUUUAUCAUAAUUUUAAAUUAGUUACUUAAGAUUAGAAUUUUCAUAAUGGUUUACAUAUUCACAAAUUAGGUAAAGUAACAGUGAAUAAGACAGGCAUACCCUACAGAU